UAUCUCACCCCUUUUUUCCUUUUCCUGUUUCCCUCCUUCCUCCUUCUGGCCCAUCUCGCUGCCGAGCCCCCUAGCCCCUCGAGCGUCUUCCUCCUCGCGUAGCUCAAGCGCCGCCGCCGCCGCCGCUGGUUGAUCUCCCCAUCUAUUUUCUCGCUCGCUCCCGACCGUUUAUCCUCCCAUCACCCCACGAACCAAUUCUGCCCUUUAGCUCCCUGUUUCAUCUCCUUAAUCCCCCCCAAUUCGUAUCUGAGGCAAAAAAUCAAGAUAUCUUGAUCAUCCAUGAUGGUAAAGCUCAUCUUAGGGUUUCUAUGGUACCUCAUCCACUUGGUGAUCAGCCUCUUCAAUUUAUGGUCUCAUCUGUGUAAUAAUCUAGAAUGCUACCUCAUUUCAUCUGAGUUGCUGCCCAAGUUCCGAAAUCUUCGUCUUGAGAAACUCAAGUACUUGGGCGUCGUAGUAGAUAGCAGAGAAGCAAAUAAUAUUUUGAAGGUCAAGCAGCUUUUGUGGUGGUUAUCAACUAUCGGUGUUAAGAACGUAAUUCUCUAUGACGUUGAAGGAGUACUGAAGAAAUUGCUUGAGCCUGGUAUAAAAGCCUCAAGAGACAGGAAUUCAAGGAAUUCUAUAAAUGUCAGUGCAAACAUGGAAGCUUCGCACUUUAGUCACGGAGGGAUGGCUGUAGAGUGUCUUUCUGGUUCUGAUGGCAAGGAAGGCAUUGCAAAAGCUGCAAACUUAAUGUACUCAGAUUUCUGCAAUUGCGCUACUCAUGGAUCUGCCAAAAGUGACAUCAUAUUUACAGAGGCUGACAUGGCUUGUGCACUGAGAGCAGCUGGUAGUGGUGGAGCAGAACCUGAUCUUCUUCUUGUGUACGGUCCUGUUAGAUGUCAUUUAGGAUUUCCUGCGUGGAGAUUACGGUAUACAGAGAUUGUGCAUAUGGGUUCAUUGAAAUCGAUGAAAUAUGGUUCUAUUGUGAAAGCUUUCUAUCGAUUCUCGGAGAAAUAUCAAAAUUAUGGCAUGUAAAUGAGAGCGGGUGCUUAUCUUAAGAAUGCCCAACUGUUAUGUAAAACAAGCACAUCUGCCUCUGAACUGGAUAGAGCUUACUGACUUCAGUUUCAAUAUAGUGUUGGCAGACACACUCUGCUCCCUUUUUGGCAGAUCAAAUGUGUUACCUGUAGAACAUAAGGUACAAAUUGUUUGCAUGUUUAUUUGUUUUCGUCAGAAUGUAAAACUGUGGACUUGCAGUUCAGUGGCAGAGCCCUCAAGCAUAUCUUGACAUAUACGUUAUGUUAAAAAUUGUAUUGCUUUUACCUUAUUGAAAUUCACUCACUUUGGCCUC